CACACACACACACACACACACACACACACACACACACACACACACACACACACACACACACACACACACUCACCCCCCCCGUGUCUCUCUCGUGAACUCAUAUCCGUGCUUAUAGUGAGCCCCGCGCCGCACCGUGUAGCUCAGAGGUGAUGGGAGCGACGGGCUCGUGGAGUAGUGGACAGUAAACACAGUUAACACCUGCAGCCGCGACAGAGCGACCGCCUUUCAAAUUAAACUUCCGCUUCAGGACCAGAGGAUGGAGAACGGAGUGGGUGGAGCUGGAGGCCCGUCGGAGGGCGGGGCCCAGGGCGGGGGCCGAGGCGGGGCCCAAGAGGUGGUGGACGCGGACGCCCUGUGGGAGAAGGUGGAGGGUAAACGCCACGAGCUGACGCGGGCCAUCUCCCCGGGGAAGCUGACGCCGUACCUGAGGCAGUGCAGGGUGCUGGACGAGCAGGACGAAGACGAGAUCCUCAACUCCAUGCUGCUGCCCUCCAAGGCCAACCGCACCAGCCGACUGCUGGACAUUCUCCACACAAAGGGCGAGCGAGGGGUGGUGUCGUUCCUGGAGAGCCUGGAGUUCCACUACCCAGAGCUGUACAAGAGGGUGACGGGCAAGGAGCCCACACCCCGCUUCUCCACCAUCGUAGUGGAGGAGGGCCAGGAAGGGCUGACCCAGUUCCUGAUGAACGAGGUUGUGAAGCUGCAGCACCAGACCCGCGCCAAGACCCUGCAGGAGCUGGAGCUCAACCGCAAGAACUGCACCCUGGAGGACGAGCAGAAGAAGCUGCGGCUGGCCAACCAGGAGCUGCAGGCCUUCCAGCAGAGGUGCAACAAGAUGCGUGAGGAGAGGAACAGCUACAACGACGAGCUCCUGCGGGUGAAGGACGAGAACUACAAGCUGGCCAUGAGGUACGCCACUCUGAGCGAGGAGCGGAACAUGGCCGUCAUGAGGAGCCGCGACCUGCAGCUGGAGAUCGACCAGCUGAAGCACCGGCUGAACAAGGUGGAGGAGGAGUGUAAGAUGGAGCGCAGGCAGAGCCUGAAGCUGAAGAACGACAUCGAGAACCGGCCCAAACGAGAACACGUGUUCGACCUGCAGCGCGAGAACGAGGUUCUGAAGAUCAAACUGCAGGAGGCUGCAGUCCAGCAUACUGGUACCCUCUACCCUAACCCCGGGUGGGUGCUGCCCGGGCCGCUGCCCGCGUCGGAUAAGGCCAUCAUGGACAUCCUGGAGCACGACCGGCAGGAGGCCCUGGAAGACCGGCAGGACCUGGUGAACCGCCUCUACAGCCUCCACGAGGAGGUGCGGCAGGCCGAGGAGCUCCGCGACAAGUACUUGGAGGAGAAGGAGGACCUGGAGCUGAAGUGCUCCACGCUGCAGAAGGACUGUGAGAUGUACCGCAACCGCAUGAACACCAUCGU